AUGCCCUUCAAUGAGUACUGCUUGCUCGACCCUCGAGAGUUGGGCGAGCCGCACUAUGGAGCCGAAGGCUUCGACGUGGACCUCCAUGGCCCCAAGUACAAGAGAAUCACGCCUCAGAUGCAGGAGCAAGAGAGACUUGACGAGAGGAGGCGCAACGGCCUAUACUUCGAUGAGCCCGUCCAUGAUGCGCAGAAUCGCUUGCUGGACCUGAUCCCGAAGAACAACCUCUGCAUUCCACUCAACUGGUUCCAUUUUGAGAGCGACGCCGAGAAAGUGUUCAAGGCCGCCGCUAGGACACACGACGUUGCAAUUAACCGUGUUGGCACUACAAGACUUACUACUUGCCUCUGCAUGUUUCUGGGCGUCGUCUCAAAGCAUCGCGACCUGCGCUUGAGAGGAAAGGGGGAUCCGCCGCACAUGAGCCUCCAGGAACGUCGCGAGCGACAUUGGCAGGCAGUCAUUGACGAGUCGUCCUUUGCCAGGGACUUCAGCCAACGUCUUGUUCGUCAUGUAACUCUCAUGCUCGUCAGCGCCCACGUGGCUUUCUACAAUUUGAAAGGACCUCGGAACAAAAACAAGGAGUUGAACGACAAGAUCACCAAGGUGUCGGAGUGGUUCGAGGAGAACGACCCAGAGGACGUGAGGUCAUUUGAGUACUUGGAAGCGAAGCGUCCUGAAGUUCGUGCUGUCAGAAAAAAAGGAAACAACAAGCGCCAGGGUAAUCGCUACUCUCGCAAGCGUGCGACCGGCAUUCCUGGUCCUAUAGUCCGCCCUAAUUGCCCACGCCAGAGAUACACUCCCCUUUCACCACGACCAAGUCGGACGCUCCGAGCCCCUGCCAAUCCUCCUCAGUAUGGUCAAGUCGAGCUGCCAGAGCGUCUUGCCGAUUCAAAGGGAAGAAAAAGGAGAUAUGACGAGCGUGAGUAG